CACAAUAUCACUACCACACAAUUUUGAAACUUGUUCGCACAAACACACUUUUUCCAACAUCUCUUCCGUUGGUAGAAUAUCAAUAACCAACACAAAACAACACUAUGCGACGCUCACUAAGCAUCCGGUCAUCUGCCUUUGCCAGAGCAGCGUCUACUCCCAGGCCCUCCACGCCGCCACCCCUACCAGACCGCAUCCAGCCUACACGGAAGUCAUGCUUGAACUCUGCGCUACGUAAUCUGACGAUCAGUCCUCCCAAGAACGCCGAAAACAAACCUCCAAACACAACCGCAAAUCCAAACGCCUCAACUCUCGACUCCCCCAGACAAGCACCUGCCAUCUCAUUCUCGGACAGCGGGAAGGCACGGGCACGCCACACCAAAACAACACUCAAACAGCCCACAACAGCACUUCCCGUGCCUCGCCCCCGAUUUCCCCUGUCCCCAACACCGUCACUCCAUGAAGAUUUGCAGGACGUGCGGCCUAUGUCUCCAGCGCCUCCUCCCUACGCCAGCAUCCUUCCCCGCCAGAGCACUAGUCGGGCUGCCUAUACGCCGGACCAGGACUCGGAUGAAGACACGGACGAGAGGAUACUGCAGUGGCGAGGCGGGCUGCUAAGACGAGCACGUGCUUCGUCGUCGUCGUCAUCGUCACCGAAAAUUCAAGCCCCCUGGCGGCGACAGGGCCCGUUGCGGGUGGUGAAUGCGGAUCCGGGGAGCAGCGAGAGUGGAGAUUGA